CGACCCGGCCGCCGCCGCCCGCGGAGCCGGAGGAGGUGGAGCUGGCUCUGUCCCGGCUCCGAGUGGGUUUGCAGUGGAGUAGGCGGUGCGGCGGCCCUCGGGUGGCGGAGGCUCGGGCGGGGCGGCUGGGGAGGCUGGCAGGCAGUGCCGGCUGCGCGGGGAGAGCGGUGUCUUGGGGUGGGCGCUCCCGGCAAGAGGAGUCCGCUCCAUGCAUGCGGGCGGAACCCGGCCCAGACGAGCCGCCGACAUGAAGAAAGACGUGCGGAUCCUGCUGGUGGGAGAACCUAGAGUUGGGAAGACAUCACUGAUUAUGUCUCUGGUCAGUGAAGAAUUCCCAGAAGAGGUUCCUCCCCGGGCAGAAGAAAUCACCAUUCCAGCUGAUGUUACCCCUGAGAGAGUCCCGACACACAUUGUAGAUUACUCAGAAGCAGAACAGAGUGAUGAACAACUUCAUCAAGAAAUAUCACAGGCUAAUGUCAUCUGCAUAGUUUAUGCUGUUAACAACAAGCAUUCUAUUGAUAAGGUAACAAGUCGAUGGAUUCCUCUCAUAAAUGAAAGAACAGACAAAGACAGCAGGCUGCCUUUGAUACUGGUUGGGAACAAAUCAGACCUAGUGGAAUAUAGUAGUAUGGAGACCAUCCUCCCUAUUAUGAACCAGUACACUGAAAUAGAAACCUGUGUGGAGUGUUCGGCAAAAAACCUGAAGAACAUAUCAGAGCUCUUUUAUUAUGCACAGAAAGCUGUUCUUCAUCCCACAGGGCCCCUGUACUGCCCGGAGGAGAAAGAGAUGAAACCAGCCUGUAUAAAAGCCCUUACUCGUAUAUUUAAAAUAUCUGAUCAAGAUAAUGAUGGCACACUCAAUGAUGCGGAACUCAACUUCUUUCAGAGAAUUUGUUUCAACACUCCACUAGCUCCGCAGGCUCUGGAAGAUGUCAAGAAUGUAGUCAGAAAACAUAUAAGUGACGGUGUGGCUGAUAGUGGAUUGACACUGAAAGGUUUUCUAUUUUUACACACACUUUUUAUCCAAAGAGGGAGACACGAGACUACUUGGACUGUGCUGCGACGAUUCGGUUAUGAUGAUGAUCUGGAUCUGACACCUGAGUAUUUAUUCCCCUUGCUAAAAAUACCUCCUGAUUGCACAACUGAAUUAAAUCAUCAUGCAUAUUUGUUUCUCCAAAGUACCUUUGACAAGCAUGAUUUGGAUAGAGACUGUGCUUUGUCACCUGAUGAGCUUAAAGAUUUGUUUAAAGUUUUCCCUUACAUACCUUGGGGGCCAGACGUGAAUAACACAGUUUGUACCAAUGAAAAAGGCUGGAUAACCUACCAGGGAUUCCUCUCCCAGUGGACGCUCACGACCUAUUUAGACGUGCAGCGGUGCCUGGAGUACCUGGGCUACCUGGGCUACUCCAUACUGACCGAGCAAGAGUCUCAGGCCUCAGCACUUACAAUAACAAGAGAUAAGAAGAUAGACCUUCAGAAAAAACAGACCCAAAGAAAUGUGUUCAGGUGUAAUGUAAUUGGGAUGAAAAACUGUGGAAAAAGUGGAGUUCUUCAGGCUCUUCUUGGAAGAAACUUGAUGAGGCAGAAGAAAAUCCGUGAUGACCAUAAAUCCUACUAUGCGAUUAACACUGUUUAUGUGUAUGGGCAAGAGAAGUACUUGUUGAUGCAUGAUAUUUCAGAAUCGGAAUUUCUUACGGAGGCUGAGAUCAUUUGUGAUGUUGUGUGCUUGGUAUAUGAUGUCAGUAACCCCAAAUCCUUUGAAUACUGUGCCAGGAUUUUUAAGCAACACUUUAUGGACAGCAGAAUACCUUGCUUAAUCAUAGCUGCAAAGUCAGACCUGCAUGAAGUUAAACAAGAAUAUAGUAUUUCACCUACUGAUUUCUGCAGGAAACACAAAAUGCCUCCACCACAAGCCUUCACUUGCAAUACUGCUGAUGCACCCAGUAAAGAUAUCUUUGUUAAACUGACAACAAUGGCCAUGUACCCAGAGGAUCAUUACAGAGACAGACUCUCCCGAGGCACGGGCAGCACUGAUAGAAUAGAGAAUUUGAGAAAAAUCUGGGUCUUUCUAAAAACUGCUUUCCAUGCCCGGUUACGCUGUAUGUGCACCUGCAACAGGUGUACAUUUUGCAUCUGUCAGAACUUCCUCAACUCAGACUUGCUGCAAUCUGUAAAGAACAAAAUCUUCACUGCAGUUCUUAACAGGUUAAGAGCCCGGGUAGCUGAGUGGGGUGCCAUGCUGUUAGCAGACGACGAAGGCAGUAUUACUCACCAGGUGCACGCCGUCAGCUCUGUUGAAGAUUCCAUCUUCAUGGAGUCAUCUCAUGGUCCACUUUUUCUUGAAGCCAGGCACGUGACACAAGCUGACCUCAAGAGCUCCACGUUUUGGCUUCGAGCAAGUUUUGGUGCUACUGUUUUUGCCGUUUUGGGCUUUGCUAUGUACAAAGCAUUAUUGAAACAGCGGUGAUUAAAAAAAAAAUACUGGCCCCUACCAAAAACAAAUACUUUUAUGUACAUUCUGAAUGCUUUAAAUUCUGCUAGAAAUAUUGACAUAUUUAUACAUGCAGAGUUACUUUAUUAAUUAUUUGUAAUUCAUGAUAGUUGUAACUGCAGUAUUGACUAGCGUAUGGAAAGAAACAGCUUAACAGCCAGACUAAAAUGGCUAACUUCCAGAGGCCAAAAGGGAAUAUUUUGUAAAUAAUGUACAUAUUCAGGCAAGAUAUGGUCUCCCAAACUGAGUUCUAGAAACAAUAUUUCUAGAUGUUUCUACACGGUAUUGUUAGUGCUCAGCUGCCUCACUCUCCCAGGUUUAAGUCAGCUCAGAUUGUGUUUACUCGUGGAUCACUUAUUUAUUUCACGCUUAUUCAGAAUGAUCUUUGCCAUUUUCUCUCCGUUAUUCCAAGCAAACGAGUCAGUGUCAGCUUACCAGCACAGCCUCUCUCAGUCAUCGGGGGGCGGGCCAGCCCUGCAGCCACCGUGCGGUCCAGACGGCUGCGGAGCCGAGCCAGGGGCCCCCUGGAAGGGGCCGGUAGGCCAGAGGUGUUACCACGUGAUCAUGUCGUUUCCUUUGUCGCUGUGUUGAAUUUUGUAGCCCUUUCAAUCAAAUGAGAAACAGAUUUGUAUAUUACCGAUAUUUUAGUUUAAAUAAACAGUCACCAUUACUACUGGUGAGUUUCCUCCCGAAGUACAUGAAUCAUUCAGAGAGGCUGUGUCUGCUGUAGUGCGUUCCAGUAGCUGCAUGUGUCAUGAAGUGUUCUGUACCCGGCCAGGGCAGCCGGAAAGCAGCACUUUUUUUAAAUGGUAAAGUACAUCUAAUGAAUAUAAACUCCCAUGAUAAACCUAUUUUUUCCAUCAUUGACCUUUUCAAGUAUUUAAAUAAAUAACCACUGUGUACUGUGA